CAAUAGACUUACCCUAUACCUGCCAGUGCGCGCGGACUUGACCACCCCCAUCGAUGCAGUGGAAUCGUUCACACUUACAUGUAUCUUGAGGAGAAAAGGUUUAUACGCCGUCAUUGAAGAAAACAAGGAAUGAUGUAUUUAUAAAUACCAACAGACGGACCGAUGCUAAAAAUUUUUGUUCUCCCUCUCUCUAUAACUUCUUGUGUUUAAUUCUAAUUUUUAGAAGAAAAAACGUUUCAUUGUGCCAGGAACGAUGGAUUCUUCACCAGUGAUGGAUUCUCGGAUUCUUUCAAAAUGUUCGGGGUGUUUCAGAGAAAGGAGGAUGUUGGGAUUAAGGAUUAACCCCAUCACGGUGACUCUGGCUAUCUGUUUUAUUUUUCUAUGCUUUCAUCAUCAGCCAGUGUCUGCUUUUAAUUUGGAUAUAAAGACUCCCUUAACGCAGAGGGGAAACAGGGGAGAUAUGUUUGGAUAUUCCGUAGCUCAGCAUAUCGACCAGGGCAACUCUUGGAUGGUUGUGGGUGCCCCCAGAGCUCAGACCGGUCAACCAGACAUCAUUAGGGGUGGAGCAGUUCUCAGGUGUAAAAUCAAUCCACACAACUUAACGGGCGCCUCAGCACAGUUCUGUCAAAUCAUUCCUUUCGAUGCCAGAGGUAAUGAACAGCGACUCAGUCCCGGGGGAAACUACCAACCCAUCGAAGACAAAAACAACCAAUGGUUCGGUGCAACAGUCGUCAGCUCCGGAGAGAGUGGCCAUAUUUUGGCCUGCGCACCCAGAUAUGUGUACCUGUCGACCCAGCUCAACAAGAGAGAACCUGUGGGCACCUGUUAUCUGGCCCGCUCGGGCAGCACCAGGUUUGAGGAGUACUCUCCCUGUCGAGGAAAUGGCAUUAGUAGUCUAAUGUUGUGGGGCUAUCAUCGAGUCGGAUUUUGUCAGGCAGGGAUGUCUGCCUCUUUCUCGCAAAACGGAAGUCGAAUUUUGAUUGGUGCUCCUGGGGCCUUCUACUGGCAAGGUCAGGUGUACAAUUACUGGCUGGACCUAAACAACAACAAACUGUCGACAAGGGAAGAAGGUGCCACUGAGGAUAACAAAUACAGAGGAUACUCGUCUGCUGUCGGCAAUUUUGAUGACGACAAUAUGGAAGACUACGUGGUUGGUAUUCCUCGCGCUGAAGGACUUAUGGGAAUGGUUCAGAUUUACAACCAGAAUCUACAACCUAUUAAGAAUAUAACAGGAAAACAGAUAGGAGCGUACUUUGGAUACGCUGUAGCAGUGGAGGAUCUCAAUGGAGACCAACUUGAUGAUAUCAUUGUCGGAGCCCCUAUGCACUCGGACAAGGAUUCGUCUUCCUAUGACACCGGCCGGGUCUACAUAUACUAUCAAGAUUUUAGGGGAGUUUUUGAGUCAGAAGGAGCGGACCUUAGGAAGUUCCGACAGAAGAAAAAGGACAUUCUGGAAGGAUACGAGCCUAAAUCCAGAUUCGGAAGUGCAAUAUCCGGCUUAGGAGACAUCAACCUGGAUACAUACAAAGAUUUGGCAGUAGGGGCCCCAUACGGGGGAGUGGAGGGGAGAGGAGUGGUCUACAUCUAUGUGGGGUCCAUGGAGGGAAUCAUCACUGACGUCUCUCAGAUUCUGCAGGGGAAGGAUAUCGGAUACCAACUCUCGACAUUCGGAUUCUCCAUCUCCGGCGGACAUGACCUGGACAAAAACGGCUAUCCAGAUUUGGUCGUUGGAGCGUACCAAGCAGACACUGCUGUAUUCAUCAAAUCCAGACCGAUCGUCCGGGUCGCUCCAAGCCUCCGGCUGGAACCGGAUAUAAUCAAACUGGAGGAGAAAAACAAGAACUGUAAAAUAGGAGAGGAUCCAUACAAGAUCAAUGUACCAUGUUUGAUGGUGAGGACUUGUGUAGAAUAUAGCGGUGUUGGAGUGAGUAAUGAGCUAGAGUUUGACUUUUUCUGGACCCUGGAUGCCAAGAAGAAUAUUUCCAAGAGGAUGUUUCAGUACAUAACCCAGCAGCCAGAAGUCUCCGAACUCAACCUCCGACUCCAGAAGGAAAAAAUCUUCUGCUACGACUUCAUUGUGUACAUCCUGAAUAAUAUCCGGGACAAGUUAACCCCCAUUGACGUCUCCUUCUCCUAUCGAUUGGUCGGUGAGAACGAGGUGGUAGGGAGAAAGAAGCGUCAGGCCAUCAACCUCGGUACCAUCCCACCAAUCCUGGACAAGUACAUUCCCUCCACGGUCACGGUAGAGGGGAAAAUCAGCAAGAAUUGUGGGAAGGAUGAGCGGUGUAUUCCAGAGUUGUCUGUCCUGGCAGAGAGAGUUGAACCGUUUGCCAAACCAAUCGAAGUUGGAAGUUCCAACGAGGAGAUUGAGAUCAGCAUCACAGUGAGGAAUGAUGGGAAGUUGGCUCAGGAUGGGAAUUUGGCUGAGGAUGCGUACGAGACGAUGCUUUACGUGGAACUUCCAGAGGGAGUGCUGUACAGUGGAAUCACCAACGCAAACGCUGCUGUGGCCUUGACCUGUAAUUAUGUGACCUUGAAUGUGUCACGGUUUGUCAUCUGUGACAUUGGUAACCCCAUGCCAGCCCUAGCCAAGACGUACUUCACAUUGCUGGUGACCCCACACAACAUAGAUGGACAGAGUGACAAGCUCACCUUUAAACUGAAUGUCAACAGUUCAAACCCAGAGAAUGACGGGGAUACCUGGAACAAUUACUUCCCCUUGGAGAUUCCGGUCCGACAACACGCUGUGCUGGAGAUAUCACCAAAUCUGGCUUCUUCCACUGAGCAGGUUAUAUACAAUACUUCGGGGGUCAGCUUGUACAAGGGCACUGGAUUCGGUCCAGAAAUCACACAUGAGUAUCGAGUAAGAAAUCUAGGACCUACCCCAGUGAAAAGCAGCAUAAUCAACAUUUACUGGCCCAGCUUUGAUGACCAAGGAAACCACCUGCUCAAGAUCGAUGAAGAUCCAAAAGUACUCAACAAUGAGGGCGGAUAUUGUGAAACUUUGCUCCUGUCUCCAGAAAACUCAACGGAUUUCACUUAUCAAGAGGGAAACAGCAAAAUCAAUGUUUUACUUCAGACCAAGAGUAAAAGGCACUCGAGACAAAGACGAGAAGUCUCCAAUAUUAAAAAUGUGAAGUGCAACAACCAGUACUGUACGUUUAUCAAGUGUUUCCUCGGACCUCUGCCCGGUCACAUGGUGGACUCGCGAGACGCUGCGGUCAUCAAAAUCAAGUCACAUAUAUGGACAAACACUCUUGUACUGAGAGGCCUUACAUCAGAACCAUUCAACUUAAAGUCCCAAGCCUUUGCACAAGUCCGAGCGAUGCCCUUCAAUAUCCCAGUGGACAACUUUAAUGAGACAUACAUGGUUUCCAGAGCAGAGGUGUCCACCUAUGUGAAUGCGGAGAGGUUAUCUCCUAAAACCAAGGGCGUAGAGAUCUGGAAGAUAGCCCUGGCUAUUGUUGGCGGUCUUUUGUUACUCCUCAUCAUCAUCCUUGUGUUGUGGGUGUGCGGAUUUUUCCGACGCAAGCGUAGACCACCCCCAACUGAACCUACAUAUAACAAGCCACUGAUGAAGAACGGUCAGCAACCUCCAAAAUCCAGUCUGGCCAAUCGGCCAUACGAGUGAGCUGAAGACUUCGCCCACUGACCCUCCAAGACAAAACAAAAGAGUUAUGUCCCUUGAAGCAUUCCAGUAAACAACACCAGAUGGAGUUAUUAACACAAGCCAGGGUACCAAACAGGGUUAUUUAUAUAUAAUCUUAUUCAUUACGUUAAAGAAAUAUGAAAAUAAAUUCUAAGGGACCGAGGCACUCAGAGAAUGGUUUGAUGCUGUUAAAUCGUACAGCAUUACGUUUCCAAUGAGUGUGAGGAAAAAUUUACGAUGUAAAAUGUUUAACUCGCAAACGCAAGAAUCUUUACAGAUUCCCAAUGCUAAUUUAUCUAAUCUAUUGAAUUUACUGCGGAGAAGAAUUAUGAUAUUUUAUAUAUUGUGUAUAAUUUUGCUUCCAUAUAGGUUGUGUUUUGAUAUAAUUAUUUAUUAUGAUCUUUUUUAUUUGAAUUGACCAAACCCAGUUUGGUGUUUCAAAGAAAUGUGCUUAAAAAAAAAUUAAGACUGUAGUCUUGUCACAGUCCUUAUGUGGUACACUUCUUUGACAGUUACUCAGUGAAAAUACUUGACAUUGGCUCAUUACAAUGAAUUGGCCUAGCUGUACUACGUGUGUAUAUACUCGUACCAGUAUUUUAAAAAUUGUCUUUGUUAGUUAAGUGUAUUACGAUGCAAUUUAUGCCAAUACAUAUAUCCAAGUCAAAAGAAAAUUUUUUUAUGUGUACAUAUGAAAGACGGGGGAAAUAUGGAAUUAGUAGUCCAAAAUGUCCCCAUAGUACAGAAGAAGGCUGUAGUUAUUUAUGUGCAGGGUUUAAUACUUUUGAUACUAUGCAAAUGUACCGGUCUUCAUGUAUACAUGUUUAAUAAUGGCACAUCAUAUUAUGAAAUGGAAUUUGUUUUAGCCAGAUUUCUUUCCUUUAGUCCCAUGUAAGUGUUUAACUAUCAUCUUUUUGUUUGUUGAUUAUUGUAAAUUAAUAGUUUAUAUGAAUAUUUUCCUUUUUUACCUUUAAAAAAGUGUGUUUUGAAAAGUUAUUAUCAGUAUAUAUAGAGAGUAUGCAUUUUGAAAUGAUGAUUUUCAUUGCAAGCAGAUUUCAAAAUGCAGUACGUUGUACCCACAAUAUUUUUUGGUAGACAAAAUUGUGCAAGUUACACCUAAUUUUCAAUUUUGCUCUGUUGUAUUCAAUCCACUGUUAUAAUCUUUUCAUACAAGUAAAAUUAUUAUUUGAUUUGCCAUCUUUAAAGUCUCUCUGGCAUGGAAAACACUUCUUUGGGAAUCAAGGGAGGGGUGUUAUUUAAUUUUAAGAAAUAUACCUAUACUCAUGAAGAACUAACUUCCAAGUCAAUAAAAAGUUUUAGAUCAAGUUUUUAAUGCAAAAGAAAUUUUGGUCCAUCAAACUUUGUUCAAUUGCUCCUAAGAUAUCUGGCCAUUCCCUUGAUUUGGUGCUAAUUAGGGUUUUAAUUAGAUUCUUACAUAAAAUAUUUAACGUAUAUUUUGGUUGGUGUAUCUAUGAAAGCAGUAAGAAUGUUCACCUGUGUUACUGAUUUCAUCCCAGUUAAAUGAGUAACAUAACAUUCCAAAGAGUCGAGAGAAACCAAGAAUCCGUGUCAAAGGAAAUCAAAUCCAAGUACCUGGAAUAGGUCUAGCAUUCAAACCCUCUCAAGAUGCAGAUUAAUUCAUUACCAAGAGUCCAUUGUAUGCGACAUUUGCAAAUAUGUUUUUGGCUAUCACUCAUAUCAUUUAUGUACCAAUUGAACCCCUUUGUGUUUAGAUAUAUAUUUUUUUUCUUCACCUCCAUAUAUUGUCAUAUACUGCAUAGUUAUUAAUUGUCUGUGAUUUAACAAUCAGUGAUCAUCUGCUAUAAUAUUGUGUUAAUUGAUAUUGUUGAAAUGUGAGUUUACCGUAGAUUUUUUUUUGGCGGUUGUUGUAUCUUUGGCAGAUUUCACUUGCAUUGUGAAUGGUGAAUGUAUCUGUAAUCAGGGUGUUUGUGAUAUAGAUUGUGUGAUUUAUAAAUUUUUUUGUAAAGUGUGUGAUGGACGCUGAAAUAACAGGUGUCCCAAUAUCAGGGGCAUAUUGGCUUCUUGCUUAUGAUCAGUUUAUUUUUCGUUUUGGGAAAAAUAUUUUUUCUUAGAGUUUUGGAUGCACCAAAUUGACAUGAAAAUAGAUAUUUGUAUUGUAUGGAUCUGUCCUAAUAUGAGUAAAUGUGUGCUACUAUGUGUGUGAAAGGUCAAUUUUUUUUGUAUUGUCUGAGUCAUUCAAAUGUUUGUGUCUACAUUUCCAUCAUCAGGUAGACACAAACAUCAGCAUGGUGCAGACUAGAUUGCUUGAACACUACAGGCAAAUAUAUCAAUUGUAUAUUUAUGUAGCAAAUUAUAGAUUGUGCUUGAGGAGUGAAUGAGAUUGACAGAGGUAAAAGUAGAGAGAUUGAGAAAAUGAAUUCAAAUUUAAUUUAUUUGAUACUCUUUGUCAAUGUUGAAGUAUUUACCAAUAUUUGAUAUUGUGCAAUUAUAUAUACAUAUAUUACAUAUACAAAGUGUACUUGUAUGUGUUAUGACAUAUUUGUAUGUGUUCAAUAAAUAUUGUUUUCUAACAGA